CCCGCGAGUUCCACAUUACCGGCGUAAGUGGACAUCGGGUUCUUUUCCGAUAUUUAUUACGCUACUCGUAGUUUUUUUUUUUACACAUAUAUAAUAACUUAUAAUACACUAACAAAAAUUUAAUAGAUAGUUUUAGUUACUAUAUUAACUGUAUAAUUUUUUAUUUUUUUUCCCCUUCCAAACUAAUUGUGCAGUUUAUCGAAUAAGUGUGAUACAUAAGCUAGUUUUUUAUUUUUUAUAUUUGAGUUCGCGCGUUGAGUGAUAUAUAAAAAUAUAAUGUUCAUCGAACACACGUGACAGAAAUGCCAAAUUACGUGAAAAUGAAAUCCAUCCUGCCUGCAGUGCUUUGGCUGUGGCAACUGAUCAGUUUGGUAAAUGCUCAAGGCGGAAUUGGAUUUGGAAUAAAAAGAGAAUUGUUCUUUUUGAACUUGGAAGACGGAUACUUUGGUUGCCAAGUGAACGAAUCAACUACGGUUUUACAACUGUACGAGCUUUCACGACUAUGUGAUGGCAAACAAGACUGUUACAAAGGCUCUGAUGAACUGAGACGAGAGCUCAAGUGCACGAAUGACUGCGAGGCUAAAGAAGGAACGCCCUGUCAGAACGGUGCAUGUCUCGAUUCCCUUUGCCAUUGUAACGACGGAUACGGUGGAUGUUCAUGUCAAGUGCCAGACGAGAACGAAUGCAAGUACCGCCCGUGCGAUGUAUUCGCUCACUGCACCAACACAUUGGGCAGCUUCACGUGUUCGUGUUUUCCUGGAUACGUCGGAGACGGAUUUCACUGCCAAGAUAUUAACGAGUGCGAGGAUCCAGCCAUUGCGUCCAGAUGCGUACAGAACGCCGAAUGCUGCAACUUACCAUCGCAUUUUUUGUGCAAAUGUAAACCCGGAUACGUCGGCGACGGCGAAGUCGAGUGUAGAGACAUUGAUGAGUGUUUGAGACCGGACGCCUGUGGUAACAACGCGAUAUGCCGAAACACACCGGGUAACCAUACGUGCGAGUGUCAGUCAGGAUUUGUCGGCAAUCCGUACGACGGGUGCGUGGACGUAAACGAAUGCAGCCUGCCGAAUGCCUGUGGCCCAGGGUCCCUGUGCACGAAUUUUCCGGGCGGACACCAUUGCGAGUGUCCCGAAGGGUACACAGGUGAUGCGUAUGGGGCUGGAUGUCAUGAUGUUGACGAAUGUUCUCGGGGACCUUGCGGCCGAGACGCGUUAUGCCACAACAAUGAAGGCAGUUUUCGAUGUUCCUGUCCGCCAGGAUUCGUCGGCGAUCCGUUCCACUCUUGCAAAGACGUAGACGAAUGCGAAUCAUCUCCGUGCGGCCCGAACUCCGAGUGCGUGAAUGCGAUGGGAAACUACACGUGCGUGUGCACCACCGGCUACGCCGGGUCGGCCGAGGGCGGAGGAUGCACGGACAUUAACGAGUGCGCACUGUCGUCCAGCUCGUGCGGCAUCAACGCCAAGUGCAUAAACACCCCCGGGUCGUACACUUGUCUGUGCCCGCAGGGGUUCACUGGUUCAGCAAUAGAUUAUUGCCAAAACAUAAACGAAUGCGAUCAUGCACCUUGUGGAAAUAAUAGUAUUUGCACGGAUACAAUUGGAAGUUUUGUUUGUUCGUGCAAAGAAGAUUACACCGGUGACCCGAUUAAAGGAUGCCAUGAUAUCAACGAAUGUGAAAUUUUAAGUAAACCGUGUGGUCCUAAUGCAUUUUGCGAAAAUACUAGCCCAGGAUUUAAUUGUCUUUGCCCACAAGGAUUUUCUGGUAAACCAGAUCCAAAAGUUGCCUGUGAACAAGUCGAUGUAACGGUGUUAUGCAAAUCAAACUUUGACUGCACUACUAAUGCUGAAUGUACUGAAGGUCAAUGUUUUUGUAAAAACGGAUUUGAAGCUAAGGGAUCAGUGUGUGUAGAUAUAGACGAGUGUUUGGCUCAGCCAUGUGGUCCAUAUUCCAUGUGUUCAAAUACUUUGGGUGGAUUCCAUUGUCAAUGUCAAACUGGAUACGUAGGUGCUCCGCCGAGAAUACAGUGCAAAGCUCCAUGUGAAGAUGUUAAAUGUGGAGUUAACGCUUAUUGUAAACCCAAUGGCCAAGAAGCAUAUUGUAUUUGUGAAGAGGGAUGGACGUAUAAUCCAAAUGAUUUAUCUUUAGGAUGUGUUGAUAUUGACGAAUGUGAUCAAGUAAAUGGACCGUUCGGUCGGUGCGGAGCAAACACAUUAUGUACAAACACUCCAGGAAGUUUUGGAUGUCAAUGUAAACCAGGAUUCACGGGAAACGCAUUUAAACAGUGCACUGAUAUUAAUGAAUGCUCUGACAUUAAUAGUUGUGGAAAAGAUGCUUUAUGUAUUAAUUUACCAGGAACGUUUAAUUGUAUUUGUCCUGGAAAUUCUAUACCUGAUCCGGAUCCAUUUAUUAAGUGCACCAAAGUCAUAAACUGUACGGCUGAUAUCGAAUGUCCAGGAAAUUCUGUUUGCAACAAUCAAAAGCGUUGUUUUUGUCCGGAGCCGAAUGUUGGUGAUGAUUGUAGACAUCCGUGUGAAGAUGUAAAAUGUGGUCCCAAUUCUGAAUGCAUGCUACUCAAUCAAAACGCUCAAUGUAUGUGUUCAGCCGGGUAUACGGGAAAUACGAACACUGGGUGUUUAGAUAUAGAUGAAUGCAAGGGUAAUCCUUGUGGACCAGGAGCAGUAUGUAAUAACGAACCUGGAUCGUUUUCGUGUCAAUGCCCCGGUGGAACAAAUGGUGGUGACCCAUUUAGAGAAGGAUGUUCUCAAGCCAAAAGCCCUGCACAUUGUAGUACAAAAUCUCCUUGUCCCGGAUCAGAGAUUUGUGUACGAGAUGAAUUUGUGGGUGAAAGCGUCUGUAUUUGCCAAAGAGGCUAUUUGAGAGAUCCGAAAACUGGUAAAUGUAGGGAUGCCAAUGAAUGCACCGAACUUAGAGACAAACCAGCAUGUGGAGUGAACGCAGUUUGCAAGAAUCUUCCCGGUAGUUACGAGUGCCAAUGUCCUCCGGGCUUCAAUGGAAACCCUUUUACUAGCUGCGAAGAAUGUCAUUCGUUAGAAUGUCAGUGUAGACCACCAUAUCAAAUUGUUAAUGGGGAGUGCACAUUAGCUGGUUGUAAUGAAGGAAAAUGCCCAGUUGGUGCAGAGUGUGUGUCUAUUUCAGGUGGAGUUAGCUAUUGUGCUUGUCCAAAAGGAUAUCGACCUAAAGAAGAUGGAUCUUGCUAUGAUGUCGACGAAUGUGAAGAAAAAAUUAAUUCAUGUGGUUACGGUGCCGAAUGUAUCAAUAAACCAGGCACAUAUGAGUGUUCGUGUCCAGAGGGUUAUAGUGGAGAUCCAUACCGUGGAUGCUCACGCAGUCAAAAAAAAUGUAUUAAAGAUUCGGAUUGCUUAAUGAAUGAAAAUUGUAUUCAACCAGGAGUUUGCGUUUGCCCCGUGCCAUAUUACACCGAUGUUCUUGACAAUAACGUCUGCAAAAGUCCUUGUGAACGGUUUCCGUGUGGUAUCAAUGCACAAUGUACACCAAGCGAUCCUCCGAAAUGUUUAUGUUUACCUGGAUACAAAGGAGAUCCUUUACAUGGCUGUGAAGAUAUCGACGAGUGUAAAAACAAUCCUUGUUCGUUAGGAUCACAGUGUAUAAACGAAAAAGGACACUAUAAAUGCAUUUGCCCUCCCGGAACAAAUGGCGAUCCAUAUUCUGUCGGGUGCUUAGGGAAAGAAGCACCAGAAAUUGAAUGUUCCACGGAUGACGAAUGUGUUGCACAAUUGGCAUGCGUUAAAGGAACUUGCACGAACCCUUGUAGCAUUUUACCCUGUGGUCAAAAUGCAUAUUGCGAAUCUGAAAAACAUGCUGCAUGGUGCAGAUGUAAUGCUGGUUAUGUUGAGUCUAUAUUUGGUGAAUGUGUGUCGCCAUGUGAAGGGUAUAUUUGUGGUUCUGAUGCACAAUGUAUAGUAACACCACAAGGACCAACUUGCAAAUGUUCGGAAGGUUAUAUAGGAAAUCCAUUUGCCGGUGGAUUUUGUAAGCCUGAUGCUUGCUCGAGCACGAGUCCUUGUGCUGCGCCUAACAUUUGUGUUGCCGGACGAUGCAAAGAAAAAUGUGAAGAUCAUUUCUGUGGUAUAGGAGCCAGUUGUAAUCACGAAACAAAUGAAUGUGUUUGUAAUCCAUUAUUCAUUGGUGAUCCCAAUUACAUUUGUAUGCCUCCAAUUUCAAUGCCUUCGUGCUUCCCUGGAUGUGGAAUUAAUGCCCAUUGCGAAUAUGAUAUAUUCAAUGAAAACAAAUGUGUUUGUAAUUCUGGGUUCAUAGGAAAUCCGUAUGAUGAAUGUGAUUCUCAAUUUAAAAAGUCAUGUUCUAAUACGACUUGUGGAACUGGAGCAUUGUGUAAAGAAAAAUUGAAUUCUAUUGAAUGUUAUUGCCCAUCUGGAUUUAAAGGAAAUGCUUAUGUGCAAUGUGUCGAUAUUGACGAAUGCCUAAUUUCUGCUUGCGGUAACAAUGCGGUUUGUAUCAACACAAUUGGAAGUUAUGAUUGCAGAUGCAUUGAAGGUUACGUUGGAAAUCCAUUUUUAGAAUGUUCGGCUAAAACGCCACAAAUCUGUCACGAUCCAACAACUUGUCAAUGCUCAAAAAAUGUGCCGUGUCCUUUAGGAUUUACUUGUAAACGUGGAAAAUGUGAAAAUCAAUGUAAUAACAUCAAAUGUGGUGUUAGAGCCGGUUGUGUAUUUGGAAAAUGUGUAUGCCCACCAGGAUUAAUCGGUGACCCUUACAAUUUUAUAACUGGAUGUAAACCUCAAGGUCAAUGUACUAAUGAUGCUGAAUGCAAAGAUACAGAAAUAUGUUUUCAAAUAAACAAAGAAGCAAGAACAUGUGUAGAUGGUUGUAGUAAAUUACAAUGUGGACCCAAUGCAGUUUGUGUAACGGAAAGUCAUCGUUCUUCGUGCAUUUGCACUGAAGGAUAUUUCGGAAAUCCCGGAGAUUUAUAUACUGGUUGUAAGCUCGAAAAACUUGCACCUAAAGGAGAAUGCCGAACUGACAAAGAUUGUAAAUUACCUAGUCAAAUAUGUUCUAUAGUACCCGAUGGAGUGUCAUCAUGCGUUAGUGCAUGCACACGAGUAGCAUGUGGGCCGGAUGAAAUUUGUUUGUUAGAACAAAAUGGCACACCCGUUUGUUCAUGUCGUCAAGAAUUUGUUUGGAAUCCAAUUAUAUCAAAGUGCGAAAAACCUUCAUUGCCUGACUGUUCAGUUGAUGCUGAUUGCAAAGAUAAUGAAUCAUGUAAACCAGAUGCAUUGGGAGUGUUAAAAUGUUUAUCAGUUUGUAUCGAACUAACAUGUCCAUUUAAUUCUAUAUGUGUUGCUAGUAGUCAUGAAGGUAGUUGCCAAUGUCUGCCCGGGUAUGUAGGAAACACUAACGAUAGAAAUGGUUGUCACCCAAUUAAGAAGAGUAGUUGUCAACAAGACGUUGAAUGUUUGCCUACUGAAGCUUGUCUAGAAGACCCGACAAAUAGAUUAAAAUCAUGUAAGCCAAUUUGCGAUCAUACGGUCUGUGGCUUAAAUUCAAUUUGUGUAGCAAAUAAUCACGUUGCUCAAUGUCAGUGUCCUCCUGGAACAUUUACUGGCGAUCCAUACGACUCGAACGGUUGUCAGGAAGUUUCCUGUGUAUACAAUGAUGAUUGUCCACAAACUCAAGUUUGUGACAGACAGUCCCAUUCGUGUAUGGAUUUAUGUGACAAAUAUACAUGUGGAACGAAUUCUGUUUGUCUUGCCGAUGGACAUAAGUCAAUAUGCCAAUGUCCUCCUGGUUUUAAACCUGACCCAAUUCCAGAAAUAUCGUGUAAAGCCACCGAAGUGUGUAAUGAAUUUUCAUGUCAUUCUACCGCCAUAUGUGAAUCGAACCCCACAUCAGGGUAUAUCUGUAGAUGUCCACCUGGCCAUAUAGGUGAUGCAUAUAUAGAAGGAUGUAGAAAAGAAGGUCUAUGUCCUAAUGGAAAUAUCGAUUGUCCAUUAUUGAGUGUAUGUCAAUCGGGUAGGUGCGUAAACCCAUGCGAGAAAUCAUGUGGAAUAAACACAAUCUGCAAUAUUAUUGAAAGAAAACCAGUAUGCUCAUGUCCUGAUAACUUUGAACCAAUUCAUGGUGAACCAAAUAUUGGAUGCAUCAGAUCGGUAACUACAUGUUUCAAUGAUUUGGAAUGCAAAGGUGGUAUUUGUUCCAAUGGAGAGUGUAAAGUGGUCUGUCGAAACAUUGACGAUUGUUCUACUGGUGAAAGAUGUGUACAAAAUAAAUGCGAAAUUCCAUGCGCUGGACAUUCUCAAUGUAUGUCAUCACAGGCGUGUAUAAAUGGAAUAUGUACAUUGGGAUGUCGGAGUAAUAAGGAUUGUUUAAGUAAUGAAUCGUGCAUCAACGCUAAAUGUCAAAAUCCAUGUAAACGUGAUGGUGUUUGUGGAAUAAAUUCAAAAUGCACCGCUGUUGAUCAUAAUGUUGUUUGUAGUUGUAACAAAGGUUUUCAACCAAAUCCUGUCCCUGAAGAAUCUUGUGUUCGAUCAAAUAGUAUAUGCCAUAAUAAUGCUGAAUGUGGAUUGGGACAUGAAUGUAAUGGAAACAUAUGCAAAGUUGUAUGUAUGAGUGGAAUGGAUUGUGCUGAAGGAGAAAGGUGCACGAGCAAUAAAUGUGAAAAAGUUUGCUUUACAGCAAGUAAUUGCUUAACCGGAGAAGUUUGUGUAGAAGGUAUUUGUAGACCAGGUUGUUCUUCAGAUUCUGAUUGCGAUUUUAGUCAAAUUUGCAUUGGAAACAAGUGCAGAUGUGGUAUUGGCUUUGCAAGUUCACCCUCUGGCUGUAAUGAUAUUGAUGAAUGUUUGCAAAACCCAUGUCAUAUAAGUGCCAAAUGUUUAAAUACUCCCGGCUCUUUUCAAUGUUUAUGUUCUGAUGGAAAAGUAGGGGAUCCUUACACUGAACCUGGAUGCAACAAGCCUAAUGAAUGUAAAAACCAUGAGGAUUGUGCCUCAAAUUUGGCAUGUGUAAAAGGAAAAUGUACAGAAAUAUGUAACGAUGCAUGUGGAAAUAAUGCAUUGUGUCAAAUGGUUGAUCAUGUUACAGCUUGUACAUGUCCUCCAGGAUAUUUAGGAGAUGCUUUUGAUAAAAACGUAGGCUGUUUUAAAGUUCAAUGUCUUACUAACGAAGAUUGUCCAAACGAAAAAAUGUGCCAAACAAGCAGUAAUAAAUGCACCAGCCCUUGUGAUUUAAUAAAUUGUGGACAUGGAAAUUGUAAGGCAUACAAGCAUAAAGGAAUAUGUACUUGCUAUAAUGGUUAUGAACUAAAAAAUGGAAAGUGUCAAGAUGUUGAUGAAUGUAAACAAAGCCCAUGUCAUAAGACCGCAAUAUGUGAAAAUACUCCAGGAUCAUUUACCUGUGUUUGUCCUGAUGGAUUAUUGGGUAAUCCACAUGCAGAAGGAUGUCACUAUCCAAACAGUUGUACCACUAACGAUGAAUGUCCAGAAAGUGCUAUUUGUCAUCAAAAUCAUUGCAAAAACCCAUGCGAAGAUAAUAAAGUAUGCGGUCGUAAUGCAACUUGCUCAGUCCAACAUCAUGAAAUUCAAUGUCAAUGCCCUUUAAAAACUCAAGGAGAUCCUAAGGUGGAAUGUUUAAAUGUUGAAUGUACAAACAAUAAUGACUGUAUUUUGGGAAAAGCUUGUGUUAACUCAAAAUGCGUUAAUCCGUGUUCUGUACCAAAAGUUUGUGGAGACAAUACAGACUGUAGUAUACAAAAUGACGCUGCUACGUGUACCUGUAAAGCAGGGUAUACAGGUGAUCCUCAUUUAGGCUGCACUUCUAUAUUAUAUUGUGCUUCUAAUAGUCAAUGUCCUACUGCAACUAAAUGUAACAAUGGAAUAUGUACAGUGGAGUGCAACUUAGCCAGGGAUUGCGUUGGUAAUGAGCUCUGCAUUGGAGGUAUAUGCCAACCUACUUGUCACGGAAACAUGACUUGUCCUGAAUAUCAAUACUGUUUGAAUAAUAUUUGCGUUCAAGAACUCCGAUGUUUUACAAACAAUGACUGUGAAGAUACGCAUGUUUGUAAGACAAAUACAAUUGGACAGACUCAGUGCAUUGACAUUUGCGAAGAAGUUAUUUGUGGAAGACAUGCUGAGUGUUCAGCAGUUGAUCACCAACCAAUAUGCAAUUGUCAACCUGGUUACCACGGAAAUCCACAUAUAGGAUGUCAUAAGAUAGAAUGCUAUGAAAACGAAAAUUGUACAAAUGAUAAAAUAUGUGAGGAUCACAUGUGUAAAAUAUCAUGUCUCGCAAACAACCCCUGUGGUCCAAAUGCUUUGUGCUCUGCAGAAAAUCACCAACAAGUUUGUUAUUGUCAACCAGGAUAUACCGGAGAUCCAUACUUUGGUUGUGAUGUAUUAGAUUUUUGUGAAGCAUCACCUUGUGGGCCAGGAGCUAGGUGUGAUAACUCUAGAGGUUCUUUUAAAUGUCUCUGUCCGCUUGGAACAGUAGGAGAUCCGUAUAAAGAUGGUUGCUAUUCACCGGUUGAAUGUCAAAUCGAUGAAGACUGUCCACCAGCAGCACAUUGUGUUCAAACCAAUGGUAUUCCUAAAUGUCAAGACAAUUGUGAAAAAGUGAAAUGUGGUCCGAAUGCUGAAUGUGGAACGUCAACGCAUUACGGAUCUUGUGUUUGUCACUCGGGAUAUCAAGGAGAUCCAAAUGAUUUAAAUGUUGGAUGUAGACCUAGAGCUGUGGCAUGUACUUCUAAUCAACAAUGUCCAAGUAAUACGUAUUGCUAUAAUGGAGCUUGUAAAUCAUCUUGUCAAUCAGAUGCAGAAUGUGGUUUAUCUGAACAGUGCUUACAAGGACAAUGUAAUAAUCCAUGUGAGAGACAAGGAGCCUGUGGAUUAAAUGCUAACUGCAAAGUGUUUAAUCACGUUAAACACUGUUCAUGUCCCGCUGGAUUUACGGGUGGCAGUGAAAUCGAAUGUGUCAGAAUUCCUGUUGCUUGUGAAACAAAUGAAAAUUGCUAUCCUAAUAGCACAUGUCAUCAAUCGGUAUGUCAACCUGAUUGUCAAGCUGACAAUCAUUGUGCAUUGAAUGAAAAAUGUUUUAAAAACCAUUGUGCUUUAACAUGCAGAGUUGAUAACGACUGCUUCUUGGGACAUAUAUGUCUGAAUAAUAUGUGUUUAUUUGGUUGUAAAUCAAACGAUGAUUGUGCUUCCGUCGAGUCUUGUAGAGAUAACGUAUGCACAAAUCCUUGCUUGGCAAUGCCCUGUGGGCCUAAUGCCGUUUGUACAGUGGCAAAUCAAAGAGCCAUGUGUUCUUGUCGAGUAGGAUUCGUUCCUAAUCCCACAGCUAAAGUAGCAUGUGUUAGAACACCGGCCGAACCAUGUAACAAGAAUCAAGAAUGUCCAGCAGGAUACUCGUGUAAAGACGAUUCUUGUCAACCUGUGUGCUCUUCGGAUGCCAGUUGUCAUGGAAACGAAAAAUGCGAUAUGUCAGUUUCCAUAUGUAAACCAUUAUGUCGUAAAGAUGAUGACUGUCGAAGCGGAGAAAUUUGCAGUGGAUUAGUAUGUAAUGUUGGCUGUAGAAGUGACACCGACUGUCCAUUUGAUCGAUCGUGCAUUAACAACAAGUGCAGAGACUUAUGUGAAUCUCCGACUGCGUGUGGUGUAAAUGCAUUAUGCUCUAUUUCAAACCAUCAAAAACAAUGUAGCUGUCCUUUACUACUGGAAGGUGAUCCAUUACUUGCUUGUAGAUAUCCAUUGAUUAGCUGUAAAGGAAACAGUGACUGUAAUUCAGGUCAAACAUGCUAUUCGUCUACAUGUCAAGCAGUAUGCCGAACGGACUUGGAGUGCUUAUCUGAUGAACGAUGUCAUAACGGAAUUUGUAAAGCAGUAUGUAACUCAGACUCAAAAUGUAGUCCAAAUCAGAUAUGCGAAAAUCGUUUAUGUAUUGAAGGUUGUCAUAGUGAUACAUCAUGUCACGAUAAUGAAGCAUGCAUCGACAAACAAUGCAGAGCUCCCUGUGACAGUCCUACUACAUGUGGACCAUGUGCUCAGUGUAAAGUUAUCAACCAUGGAGUUCAAUGCAGUUGUAUGACCGGAUACAAUGGAAAUCCAUUAAUUGGAUGUACUAAGUCAAUUUUAAAAUGUGACGGAACGUGUCCGUGUGAUGUAGAAACCGGAUACUGUAUAAAACGUUGCACGUUCAAUAAAGAUUGUUCAUGUGGAGAAAUAUGUCACAAAGAUAUAUGUACAACGAAGUGCAGUUCCAGCACGGAUUGUCCAACAGGCCAUAUAUGUACGAAUGGAGUAUGCACAGUUGGAUGUCGUUCUAAUGUAGAUUGUGCUGUUGACCAUUCAUGUCAAAAUGGAAAAUGCAAAAAUCCUUGCGAUGCGCCAAGUAUACCUUGCGGAAAUAAUUCUGAAUGUCGUGUUAACGAUCAUAGAGCUGUAUGCACGUGUCCCGAUGGAUUCCAAGGAGAACCUAAUGUUGAGUGCAUCAGAUACUCUUGUGAUAAAGAUGAUGACUGUGAAACGAACAAAAAAUGUGGUUCUGAUAAAGUGUGUAGAAAUCCAUGUUUGGAGCAAGGAGCUUGUGGGUCGAAUGCACAAUGUAGAGUCACAAAUAAAAUGGCUCAUUGUACUUGUCCGCCUGGAUAUUAUGGAAAUCCACAACUCGAAUGUAAACCCGGUACAGCAGAUAAAUGUGCAUCGAAUCCAUGUGGACAAAAUAGUCGAUGCAAAGAUAUACCUGGAGGUUUCGAAUGUUUAUGUCCUCCAGGAUGCACGGGUGACCCUAGUAAACGAUGCGUAUGUGACCAAGCUCAACAGCGAUCUGAUCCCUGCAAAACUGUUGUAUGUGGAAAACACGCACUUUGUCAACCGGUCAACGAUCAAGAAGCUAAAUGCUACUGCCCAAUUGAAUAUCCCGCAGGAAAUCCGUAUGUGAAAUGUGAAAUGAAAAAUUUACCGGCUGAUUGUCGAACAAAUGGUUGCGGUAAGGGUGCCAGUUGUCUACUCCAGGACGGAGGAUACAUUUGCCAAUGUCCAGUAGGCAUGACCGGUUCUCCCCAAAAAGAGUGCACACAAGCGGUCGAAUGCGUCGACGACGGUCAGUGUGCAAACGAAAAGACGUGCAUCGACGGACGUUGCGUCGACGUGUGUAGCGUGAGAGAUACUUGCGGCUUGAACGCGCUUUGCCGGCCGGUGUUGCACAGGGCGCAGUGCGCGUGCCCGGAUUGUUACGCGGGCGACCCGGCAAUAGGGUGCGCGCCGAAUCCGAAGAGUUGCGUGCGGGCCGGCGACGACGUGACCGCGUCCCGAUGUACCGGCGACGCGGAUUGUCCGGCGUCGCGGGCGUGCGCGGCGGACGGCGCGUGCCGGGACCCGUGCGACGGGCUGUCAUGCGACGCGCCCAAAGCGUGCGUGGUGCGCAACCACCGGGCCCGGUGCGUGUGCAAGUACGGGUUCGCCGUGACCGAGCUGGGCGAGCUGUCUUGCGCGCCCGCGGAACGCGAGUGCAGGGUCGACGGCGAUUGCGCGCCGCACUUGCGGUGUACGGGCCACGGUCAGUGCCGGAGCCCGUGUGAGGCCGCUGGUGGCGGGGGUGACGGACCGUGCGCGGCCGACAAAAAGUGCCUGGUGCUCGACCACCGGGCCGUGUGUGUGUGCGCGGACAACUGUGCGCCCACCGCAUCGAUGUGCCUCCGGGACGCCGGGUGCCCGGAGGACGAGGCGUGCGUGAACUUUGCUUGCGUCGACCCUUGCGCGAACGUUACGUGUCCGGCAAAUGCCCCGUGCGGGGUAGAAGGCCAUAAGGCCGUGUGCAAAUUCUGUCCGGCCGGUUACAGCGCCGAUUCAAAGUCGGGAUGCCUGAAAGUGGCCGGAUGCUCUGCGCACUAUGAAUGCCCACCAGAACAAGCGUGCAUAGCGAAUCAGUGCCAAAACCCCUGUCAACGUAAUAACCCGUGUAAUUCGCAACAAGACUGUCAAGUACAAGACCAUAAACCGGUUUGCCUGAAACUGUGCCAAUGCCAAAAAAAUUCACAUUGUCAGAACGGUUACGUAUGUGAUGGAUGCAACUGUAUAUUAGCGAACCAAGAUCCUGUUCAGAUUUCAGGAUGUGAACAUUGUCCAACAGGUGUACCUUGUGAUCCAGUAACUGGAGCUUGCGCUAAAGUAGACUCGUUACCGCAAUACACUGUUACGACCAUCACAACUAACGAUGUAUUAAUUUCUAGCUUAGAAACAGAACAUACUAAUAAAUUAACCGAAGUGACUACAGUUUCUGAAUUCGAUAUGACCGAUAAAGCUAAACCGUUUAUGCCAACUGAGAUUAAUAAAAUAAUUAUUAGCUCUUCGAUGCCAACAAAAAUGUUUAAAGGCAAUGACUACCAUUUCAAUAAAAACUUAACAUCUGAUAAAAAUGUGAUAACUACAACAGAACCAGUUCCAAUCGAUAGUGACACAACUACCGAACCUUUGAUAAAAGUAUUGGAUGAAUAUACUACUAAUAAUAUUUUUAUAUAUUCGGAUAGACACGUAAAUGAAAACGAAAUCGGUUCAACCCAUUCUGGAAUCGAUUCAGAUAAAAUGACAAAAUUUACAAGUUCAACGAGUUUCGGAACAAUAGAUAAUACAACUAGUUUAAACGAAUAUAAUGAAUUUAGUACAAACGUAAAUGAACUUGUAACGUCAAAAGACAAAUCACAAAGCACUUUUCCUAGUUUAAGAAACGAAAUUAAUAAUUUUGCUGAAAAUUCGACUCAAUAUUAUGAACCUAAAACAGUCGAAAUAACAACUUUAAACGAUAAAAAUUCAGAAACAGCUAUUUUUGAUAGUAAUACAGAAAAUACUUCAAUGACUAUUACAACAAAUUUUGAAAUUUUAAUGAAUGAAAUCACUAUAGAUAACAAAUAUUUACCCAUCGAAAAUUCAACACAGUCGGAAGAUUUGUUUACAUCUGCAUUUAAUCCUAUAGACAGUAAAACAACAUAUUCAAAUAAUUAUGUAUCAUCUACUACCAUUAAAACCUUUGAUGAUUCUGAACUAAAUACAAUUACAGAAAGUGUUCCUGAGUAUAAAAAAAAUAUAGAAACUACUGUGUUCUCGGAAGAUUUACCAAAAACAACUUCAAUGAGUACAAUCGAUAUGUUUUCUCCGCCUGAUGAUUUUCAAAUUAGUACUACCAAUAGUUUAACAAAUGGCCUCGAUGUAAAUACCCAAAACCCAAUUGAGAUAACCAAUUUAAAUUUUAUAGAAACAACGGAAUUGAACAUUUUGAAAAAUUCUAUUUCAUCCAAUAACAAUAUCGAAACGACAUCAACAGUAUAUGAUAGUGAUAACAUACAUACAAGUACUGACAAAAAUAUGUUAUUUAAUCAAGAUGGAACAACAGAAGCUAUAAACGCCAAAACAUUCGAAGAAUCUUUAAGUUUCGAGACUACAACUAUUAUUCUAGAGACAAAAUCCAGUAAUUUAAAAUCUAGUACUGAUCAAAGUAUGAACAGAAAUCCAGAAAUAACUACGGAAAGUUUAAAUGAAUCUAUUGACUCUAGAACAAUUUAUUUUGAUGAAGAAAUGUACAUAAACAAUAAUAUGCCUGUUACAACAAAUUCGUAUGUGGGAAUCAAUACCAAAUACAACCAUGAAAAUAUUGAAAAAAAUCUGACGAAAAAUUCGAGUUCUAAUGCAUUUGAAAAGACAACUGUUUCUUCUUUAUUAAAUAUUAAUACGGAAGAAAAUAAUACUUCAUUUGUAACAACUACUGCGUCCGAUGAGCUUACUACAAGUAUGAUAAAAAAUCCAGAAAAAACGACAUUAGUGAUUCCCAACAAUUAUGUAGACCCAACGAGAGACGUUGAUUUCAACGAAAAAAAGGAAAUUACGACAAAGUUUAACUUUAUAACAACUACUUAUAUUAAUUUAGCUGAGGUUUCUGACCGAAAAAGUGAAAAUGAUAAAACAUUCACAACGAAAACCUCAUUCAAUAACGAGGGCGUUUUUAUUGAAAGGACAACUGCAUUGUUUGACAACGAAAAUGAAGUUCACUAUUCAACUUCAAAUCCUGUAUUUUCAAAUACCCCAGUUGAUGAUAUACAAACUCAUGGAAUAUUCGAUGAUCGAACUUCAACAUUUAUUUCCAAAACAUUAAGUGACAUCGGCACGACAACUUAUAAUUAUGAAGAUACAAAACAAACAACAUUAGACACAUUUGUCUUCAAUGAAAAAACCGAAAGUGAUUUAAUAUUUCAUUCAAUCGAUACAACACUUCAACCAAUAACAAAUAAAGGUGUAGAAUUCACAACUUUAAACGAUAAAUUUGACGAAAAUGAAGCAACGAUUAGUGCAAUCUCUACUCAGCCAACUGAAGAAAACAUUGAACAAUAUUCUGUUAUUUCAACAGAUAAUAUAAAAGUUAUGACCGUGACGGCACACAAUCAAGUAUCAAAUGAUUUAAUUAACCGUCCGUUUAAUAAUUCAACUAAAACCGAUGAAAUGACAACAAUAGUGCCCGAAAUGAAUACACAAAGUAUUGAAUCGUCAAUAGUACCCGGAUCGGUCAGUAUAAAUGACAGUAACAUUUCUCAAGACGUUAAAAAAAAAUGGGAAGCAUUGUUCAAUACGACGGGUAGUGCAAAUAAUACAUCGUCAGUAAACAAACCGACAACAGUAGAGGGAAUACAUUUUACAGCAAUUAAUGGUACGGAAGAAACUGUUCCAAACACAGAACCAACCGAGGCAAUUAUUUUAAAAGAAAUUUUUACUGAAAACUACGAGGCAACGGACGGUUCUAUGAAUAACGCGGCUAAUGGCGUAGAAUAUGAUUUAACAACAACCAUUCGUACACGUGGGAAAAACGAAAGCGUUAUAACAUCGACUCGCGUUGCUGAUAGAGAUGAUACAAUCUCUGCGAGCGAAAUAAGUACAAUGGCUAAUGAGGUAACCACUGCAUUCGAUUUUGAAAAAAAAAAUGAAUCUAUUGUUUCAACACGAACCCAAGGAGACCGAACUGAUAAAACUGAAGCGAGUGACUAUGAUUCAACUACAGAACCAUUUACAGUGUUCAAUUCGGUCAAUUCUUUUGAAACAACUACGAAUAAUAUACCGACGAUUACGGACAGUAGUGCAACAUACGGAACAUUCACAACAAUGGAUACAGACGUUGAAUAUGUAAAUCGCGAUAAUCUAGAAACAACAACGGUUACAAUUAUCACCAUGGCCGAUUGGAUUAAAACGAAAAGUACCACUCUUAAAUCGUUUAAUGAAAUCGUUACACAUAAAAACGUAGAAAACCGUUUACACUCUCUGACAGACACAAACACACGUAAAAAUGUUAAUUCCGUUACAACGGAAAUUCCACUAGAGCCGAUAGCGAAAACCAACGAUUUGGAUCAAAUUGAAACUACUUCGAUGACAUCACUAAGUGAUGCUUCUACCAUGAUAAAUGUAAUUACAACUUCUAUAGAAGUACUUGUCUCAAAUUUGAAUAAGGAAAAUGAUCCGACAACUGCCGAGAACACAAUCAUUGCAAAUCCAGUAACUGCAGUGACUGAUAAUCCUACAACUAUUACGAGUUUAAACAAAAGUAACUCGAAUAUGACUUUGAAUCAGAAUGGAAUAUCUAAUGUUACUACAACUAAUAAGAAAAUUGAAUUUAUCACUUCUACUGAACCGUUUACUGUUACGCCAACCGAAGAGACUAAAUACGAUAUUCAAACAGAUUAUCACAGUACUGUCGAUUAUAAAAAUGAAUUAACACCCCGAGAUAAUGUGCAGGAUACUACUGACUUGAAUGAUAUUUUAACUACUACCGAAUAUACCAUAACUUCUAAGAGUAUUGAAAUUGAAGAUACCACUUUAAAAUACACAAACCAUAACCAAACAAAUAUAAACAACAGCUACUCUGUACAAAAAAUAACCACAGCAACCAGAAAAUGGUGUUGGAAUGAUAUCGACUGUGAUGCCGACCACAAGUGUUUGGCAGCCAAGUGUCUUCCAACAGGUGAAAGCCGCGUAAAUAACUGCCCGCCCGGAAUCAUCACAUUACAGUGUCUUAAAGCACCAGGUACUGCAAAAAAACCACAAGUAUGCGAAUCCGACACGGAAUGUCUAGACUCGGAGGCCUGUUACAUGGGCCAGUGUGAGAAUUUGUGUAGUUUUGCAACAGUAUGCGCACCAAAUGCCAUAUGCCAUGUAAUUAAACACAGGCCUGUUUGUUCGUGUCCACCGGGAUAUGAAGGAAACCCGGCAACAAAGUGUUAUCAACCAAAACUAUUAACCUGUACAGCAAAUAGCGAUUGUACGAAUGGUGAAGUUUGCAUUCAGCAAAUUUGUCAAAACCCAUGUAACAUUCAUAAUCCAUGUGCUCAAAACGCAGCUUGCAUAAAUACAGCUCACGGAGUUGACUGUAGCUGCAUAGAAGGAUUUCAAGGCAAUGGUUUUGUCGGAUGUUUACCAGUUCGUUCGUAUAAGCCUAUUUGUCAAUACAACGAAGAUUGUCCGCCGGAUAAAUUAUGUGAUCGAUUAAAUCGUGUGUGUAUAAACCCAUGCGCUGAAGACUCUUGUGGUGAAAAUGCGGAAUGUUAUCCUGUAAACCAUGGUACAGAGUGCAAAUGUUUACCAGGCCAUCAAGGAAAUCCAUACAUUACUUGUUCAUCAGUAACUGGAUGUCGAUUAAAUGAAGAAUGCUCAACUAAUGAAGCAUGUAUCAAUGGAAAAUGUUCCAACCCAUGCAGGUGCGGUCCUAAUGCUGUAUGUGAUGUUUCAAACCAUAAAGCGACAUGCAAGUGUCUUUCCGGUUACAGUGGAAGUCCAUUAUUGGGAUGUCAAGCUCCACAAGAUCCAUGUGAUCCAAAUCCUUGUGGAAUGCACGCCCAUUGUGAAAUCGACAAUGGAAAUCCAAUUUGUUAUUGUCCAAAAGGAAUGACUGGAAAUCCAUUUAAAAGUUGCAUUCCUGAAGGCGAUGAAUGUUCACCUAAUCCAUGUGGUCCGUACUCGGGCUGCCGAGUAGUCCAAGGCUCAGCAGUAUGUUUCUGCUUAUCUGAAUAUGAAGGAGAUCCUCCAAUUACACCUUGCCGUUUACCAACUAAUCCUUGUACACCAUCUCCCUGUGGACCUAACACUCAGUGCACAUUAUUAGAUAAUGGAUUUGCCAAGUGUACAUGUUUGCCUGGUUAUAUCGAGAGCCCGAAUACAAUACGGGGAUGUGUAGAGAAAAAAAAUCCGUGUGAACCCAACCCGUGUGGACAGAGUGCAGUUUGUGAUCCUAAUAGGCAACCUUCUUGUUUCUGUCCCGAACCGUUGAUUGGAAACCCGUUCAAGUUCUGCGGUGAACCUCUGAAAACGUUAUGUCAACCGGGACCAUGUGGUGUAAAUGCAGACUGUUAUGUAACUGGAAGCAAUGAACAGUGCUAUUGUAAAAAUGGAUUCUCGGGAAAUCCAUAUAACGGUUGUAGUCUUAUACCAACGAGCCCAUGUGAACCAAACCCAUGUGGAAAAUAUGCUUACUGUAAAAUUUCAGCAGAAGGACAACCAUUGUGUUUCUGUCCUGAUGGAAUGGGCGGAGACCCACUUACAGGAUGCAAAGGUCCUGAAUGUACUACUAACGAUGAGUGCCCAUGGGAUAAAUCGUGUUUGGGUUACAAAUGUAAUGACCCAUGCCCAGGAUCUUGCGGAAUAGGUGCUACUUGUCGAGUAGAAAAACAUCGUCCUGUUUGUACUUGCAAUCAUGGAUUAACUGGAAAUCCAUUCUUCCGUUGUUAUCAAAUAAAUUUAGAACCAGUUCCAACGGGCAAUCCAUGUUUACCUAAUCCAUGCGGUAUCAACACAGAAUGCAAAAUUCAAAACCGUAAACCAGUUUGUUCUUGUUUACCCAAUUUUGUAGGAGAUCCAAAGACUGGAUGUCAACCCGAAUGUGUUUUAAACACCGACUGUAAGAAUCACCAAGCUUGUAUUGACUAUAGAUGUCGAGAUCCGUGUGCUUUUGGAAACAUUUGUGGUCUUGGAGCUGUAUGUCAAUGCAAAGAUCAUACACCGCUUUGUUCAUGUAGAGAAGGAUUUGUUGGAGAUCCAUUCUUGCAAUGUCUACCAAAACCUGAUGACGAGCCUUACAAAAAUAUGACUCUACCUUGCGCUCCUUCACCUUGCGAUCCAUAUUCAUCUUGUAACGUUUAUGGUGGUCAAAUAGCUAUGUGCGAUCCCUGCUCUUCAACUGAACAACAGUGGAAUCCUCAAUGCCAUCCUCAAUGUUUGUAUAACUCGGAUUGUCCAUUCAAUUUAGCUUGUGUGGGACAAAAAUGUAUUGAUCCUUGCCCUGGAUCAUGUGGCAUUCAAGCUGAAUGUAUGGUUGUAUACCAUAAUCCAGUAUGCACAUGCAAAUCAGGAUUGAUAGGAAAUCCGUAUGAACAUUGUUCUACUCCAAAACAAAAUGAUAUUGCUAAGCCUAUAUCAUGUGAUCGAGUACAAUGUGGAGCUAAUGCCAUGUGCAAAAAAUCCAAUGGAAUGACUAUAUGUGUCUGCCGCCAACAAUAUUACGGAAAUCCAUACUUAUCUUGCAGACCCGAAUGUGUUAUCAAUACUGACUGUGGCCAGACAUUAGCUUGCAUUAACAACAAAUGUGUUAAUCCUUGUUUGGGAGUAUGUGGCGUUAACGCUCAAUGUCAAGUAGUUAAUCAUUUUCCUGUUUGUUUCUGCCAACAAGAUUAUUCAGGAGAUCCUUUCGUUAGCUGUUAUCAAGCCGCUAGACCAAAUUAUCCACCAAUCAUGGGUCCAGCAGAUAAUGCUUGUGAUCCCUCUCCAUGUGGUUCUAAUAGCCGAUGUCAUAUUUCUGAACAAGGAUUUGCAACGUGCUCAUGCUUACCGGGAUAUCGUGGCUCUCCACCGGUAUGCAAACCCGAAUGUGUAGUGAGCGCCGAAUGUCCUCAAACACAAGCUUGCUUAAAUCAAAAAUGUGUUGAUCCGUGCCCUGGCACAUGUGGUGUAGGAGCUAAUUGUUAUUCUAUCUGCCAUAAUCCAAUCUGUAGUUGUCCACCUGGACAUGUAGGUGAUCCGUUUGUCAGCUGCUAUUUACCACUUGCCGAAGAAACUCCAAAAGUACCUGGAAACCCAUGUGAACCUACUCCGUGUGGUUCAAAUUCAAUUUGUGAAAUUAAAAAGGGCCAUCCAGUUUGUUCAUGUGCCCCAAAUUAUAUUGGAAGCCCUCCGUAUUGCCGUCCAGAAUGUAUAAUGAAUCAAGAGUGUCCAUAUAACAAAGCUUGUAUACAGGAAAAAUGUCAAAAUCCAUGCACAAAAUCAUGUGGUAUAAAUGCUAAAUGUGAUGUAGUUAAUCACACUCCUUUCUGUACUUGCGAACCAGGUUAUGAAGGAGAUGCAUUUAUUAGCUGUAGUAGAAUUCCUCCAACUGCGUUGCCAGAAAUUCCCAGGGAUCCAUGUAAUCCUUCACCUUGUGGCGAAAACACUCAAUGUUUCAGUGAAAAUAAUGAAGUUGCAAAAUGUGUGUGCAUACCACCUUACAUUGGUAAUCCAUACUCUGGCGGCUGUAGACCAGAAUGUUUGAUGAACAGUGAUUGUUUGUCAAACUUGGCGUGUUUGGCUAGCCAUUGUCGUGAUCCAUGCCCAGGAGUAUGUGGACUGAAUGCUCAAUGUAAUGUCGUUAGUCAUGUACCAGUUUGUACCUGUCUUCCUGGUUAUAUCGGAGAUCCAUUCCAGUCUUGUAGAAUAGAACCAAUCAAACCACCAACUCCUCAAAAUGCUUGUGAACCUUCACCUUGUGGUCCAAACAGUCAAUGUCGAACACAAGGGUAUAAUGCUGUUUGUUCAUGUAUACAAGGGUUCAUAGGGACUCCUCCUGCAUGUCGCCCUGAAUGCGUCGUUAGUGCUGAAUGCCCAGUAGACAAAGCUUGUAUAUCACAAAAAUGCUCAGACCCUUGUCCAGGAACAUGUGGUUUGCAUGCUCGUUGUAAUGUUAUAAAUCACAAUCCCAUUUGCUCUUGUCCACCAAAAUUUGUUGGCGAUCCAUUUGUGAGAUGUAUUCAAGAAGAACCAAAAACUCCUCCGACCGUCUAUCAAAAUCCUUGUUUCCCGUCACCUUGUGGAGCAAAUUCAGAAUGUAGAGAACACGACAGUAGACCCGUUUGUUCAUGUUUACCGGGAAUGCUUGGAGCACCACCAAACUGUAGACCAGAAUGUUUAAUUCAUGCUGACUGUCCUACUAGAUUAGCAUGUCUACAAAGUAAAUGUCGAGAUCCUUGUACAGGCUCUUGUGGUUUCAACGCUAGAUGCACCGUUAUAAAUCAUCAACCAGUAUGUUCAUGUGAGCCUGGCUACCAAGGAGAUCCAUUUAAUGGAUGUAAUGCAGUUGCAGCAAAACCAAAAGGGAAGCCUCGCCUAUCUUGUGAUGGUUCAAUUUGCGGUCCUAACGCGAUAUGUAAGGGCAAUAUUAACAACGGAACUUGUGUUUGUAAACGUAACUACAUAGGAGAUCCAUUAAUGGGAUGUCGCCCUCGUUGUACACUAAGCGCAGAUUGUCCGAUAUCAUUUGCUUGUGUUAACUCUGAAUGCAUUGAUCCAUGCAAAAACGCCUGUGGCGUGCGCGCUCAUUGCCAAGUAGUCAACCAUAGCCCAAUUUGCUUUUGUCCUAAUGGCAUGACCGGCAAUCCACUAACAAUAUGUAUCAAAAUAUCAAAUUCUCCUAAACUACCCCCCAAAUCAAAAACACAUUGUUUGCCAAAUGCUUGUGGCCCGUUCAGCAACUGCACAGUUCUCAAAAACCAUGUUGUGUGUCUAUGCCAAUUUGGUUAUUCUGGAACACCACCUAACUGCAAACCAGAUUGUGUUAUGAGUUCAGAAUGUGCACCAAAUAAAGCAUGCAUUAAUCAACGGUGCACAGACCCUUGUUUGAAUUUAUGUGCACCCAAUUCCCUAUGCAGGGUAAUUAAUCAUAAAGCAAUUUGUGUUUGUAAACCGGGUUUUACCGGUGACCCUAUGAAACGGUGUCUUUUAACACAAAAGUGCCCAGAUGAUAAUACUAAUCCGUGUGAUAAUAACUCAUGUGGACCUAAUUCGGUUUGCCGCUCUUAUGACAAACAACCUGUAUGUUCUUGUCAAAGCGGCUACAUCGGCUUACCACCAAACUGUCGACCAGAAUGUACUUUGAAUGCCGAUUGUAUCGGAUCUAAGGUGUGUGUUGAUAACCAUUGUACUAACCCAUGCCCUGGUAGUUGUGCGGCUCAAGCACUAUGCAGUGUGGUAAAUCAUGUACCGAUAUGCAUGUGCCCUGAAGGAUAUACUGGAGAUCCUUUUAAAAUAUGCUCAUUAUCACGUAAGACUUAAUUCUGCUUUUUAAUCAUGUAAGAUAAUUAAAUAGUAUAAUUUAGUAAAACAUAAUUUAUUCGGACUUAUCAAUGUUAACAUUAUUAACUGUCAUUUGUAACAUAAUUUUAUAAUCUGGUGUUUAUAAAAGUAAGUGCAUGCAUAUUUUAUAUCUUGGCUUUGCUAAGGGAAUGGAUAGAGCUUUUAUGAAUUUAUUUGUGUAUAUUUUAUUAGAAUGUAGA